AUGGCCGCCAAGCGUAUCUCCUCGACCGCCCUGCGGCUCGCCGUCCGCUCCGCAUGCGGCACCGUCGCUCCCCACCCGGCACUGGCGGCUGCUGCCGCCACUGCCGCAAAGCCCAUGCAGAUCCGUGCCCUCUCCGCCUCUGCCCGGAGGGCCAGUGAUACCCUCAUGGUGCACCGCCACACCCCCGACAACAACCCCGACCUGCCGUUCAAGUUCUCGGCCGAAAACGAGCAGGUCAUUGCAGAGAUCCUCAAGCGCUACCCGCCCCAGUACAAGAAGGCCGCGGUCAUGCCGCUGCUCGAUGUCGGCCAGCGGCAGCACGGCUUCACGAGCAUCAGCGUCAUGAACGAGGUGGCGCGUCUGCUGGAGAUGCCGCCCAUGCGCGUCUACGAGGUGGCGUCGUUUUACACAAUGUACAACCGGACGCCGGUGGGCAAGUUCUUUGUCCAGGCAUGCACGACGCGAGCGAGGAAAGAAAAUAAGCGAGUGAGCGAAGCGAGCGAGGAAAACAACAGAAGAAGCGAGCGAGCGAAGCGAGCGAGGACAGAAGAAGAGGAGAUGCGAACUCCGUGCCAGCUCGGAGGCUGCGGCAGCGACGCUGUGGUCAAGGCGAUCACAGAGCACCUGGGCAUCACGGCGGGCCACACGACGGCGGACGGCCUGUUUACGUUCAUCGAGGUGGAGUGCCUGGGCGCGUGCGUCAACGCGCCGAUGAUCCAGAUCAACGACGACUACUACGAGGACCUGACGCCCGAGACGGUCAAGGCGCUGCUGGACGGCCUCAAGGCGUCGGCGCUCGACACGACGGGCAAGACGCCCUUGCCAAAGGCGGGCCCGCUGUCCGGCCGCGACACCUGCGAGAACAGCGCAGGCCUGACGUCGCUGACAAGCAAGCCGUGGGGCACGGAGACGACCCGGAGUGACCUGUAG